UCCCCACCCUUCAGAGCUAAAUCUGAUCACCUCGUAUUUCCAGAAUGCAAAAAAUGGGCAAAACCUCUGCUCACUCUACAACAAGUCGCGCGCAAGAACGGUCUACUUCAAGCAAAGGACAAUGGCACCUGGUAACUCAACAGUCGUGGUGACGGAUGAGGAUUUGAAAAAUGACUACCAAUGGGACGCAGAUACAGUGCCCGAAAAAUCAGAUUACCUAAAGAAAUUGAAGUUGACGCAGACAAUCGGCACGGCACUCUUUCAUUUACUCGCCGCCUAUGGUCUCCUGUUCCGUCUCUUUGAACCCCAAUGGAAAACAUUUGCCUGGUUUUGGAUCAUCGCUCAUUUGACUGGCAUCGCAACCGGCUGCGGAAUGCACCGUUACUGGACGCAUCGGUCCUUCAAGGCGACGCUUCCGCUCCGCUUCUUUUUCACCUUUUUCUACGCAAUGGCGGGUCAAGUGCCAAUAAAGCAUUGGGUGCGAGACCACCGCACGCACCACAAGUUCAGCGAAACCGACGCAGAUCCAUACGACUCGCGCCGAGGUUACUUCUUCUCGCACAUCGGCUGGUAUUUAACGACAAAGCACCCCUUGGUGAUCGAAAAGGGCAGCCAAAUCGACAUAUCUGACCUCAAGAAAGAUCCCCUGAUCGUGUUUCAUGACAAGUAUUUUCAACUCAACCGGCUGAUUCUGUGCUACACUCUGCCCACCUUAGUGCCCACUUACUUUUGGGGGGAAAGUUUGUGGAUUUCGUUUUUGGCCAACUGCGUGCGAUACUGCUACGUUUUGAAUGCGAUGUGGUCCAUCAAUAGUUUGGCGCAUUUUCAGGGUCACAGACCAUAUGACAAGACAAUGCGGCCUCGCAACAACUUGUUCGUUUCUCUCGUGACGCUGGGCGAAGGUUGGCACAACUUCCACCAUUCUUUUCCGUGGGACUAUCGUUCAACUGAGGACAGAUCGCUCUUCAACCCCAACAAACACUUCGUUGACUUGAUGGCUAAACUUGGCUGGGCGUACGACCUGAAAAUUUCCACUGACGACGUCAUUAGGAAGAAGAUCAAACGCACAGGGGAUGGAAGUCACCAAUGGGGUACAGUAGGGGGUGUCCCAAUUUUUGGGAGCAGCGAGCAUGAGCCAUACUAGCAUAAAUGAAUAAAACUUGGUGUAAUUUUAUAGUUUAUAUUCCAUCAUUUCAUAGUAUCGUUGUAUAACAAAUAAUAAAUCAAGUAUGAGGAGAUAUAU